UUCGGAUUUUAUACGGUGAUAUGGGCACAAAUAAAAGAAAAGAAGAUGGUGCCUGAUAAUGAAGUGCAAAGAUUAGAAUCAUCCAUCCAAAGGGCUCCUCUUUUGCCAACCGAUGUCACUGAAGUAUAAGAGACUUGUGUCCCUGUGUGUAAUUGUGAGAAUGAGAAAGAGAAGAGAUGGAAUGGAUGUCUGGUCACAAGGAUGUUCUGCCGUUCACCGCCAUGAUUAUCGUGGAGUGCAUCAACGUGGGGUCAGGCGUCUUCUUCAAGGCAGCUGCCUCAAGAGGGUUGAGCUACUAUGUUCUCAUUGUCUACUCUUAUGCAAUUGCCACCAUUCUCCUCCUCCCUCUGCUUUUCAUCUUUCGCAGAACAGGGCUUCCACCAUUCAAGCUCUCUCUCAUAUUUAAACUCUUCCUCCUUGGGAUAAUCGGGUUUUCGGGUAGUUUAUGUGUAUAUAAAGGUAUAGAAUACAGUUCACCAACUCUUGCUUCAGCUAUUGGUAACCUUUUCCCAGCUUUUAUCUUCAUACUUGCUGUAACCUUUAGUAUGGAAAGACUAAAUUGGAGAAGCAGAAGCACACGAGCCAAAGUGAUGGGUACUCUAGUAUCAAUAUCAGGCGCACUAGUAGUGGUGCUCUAUAAGGGCCCAACAAUUCUAUCACCUACGACUCCAUCCAUUCUCGGAAUGUCAGAAAAGGAGUGGGUAAAAGGUGGCCUAUUACUUACUCUUGGAUACCUUCUCUUCUCUAUGUGGGCUAUCCUUCAGACCCAUAUCAUGAAGACAGACCCAGAUGAGCUAGUUCUGGCCUUCUUAUACAACUUGUGUGGGACAAUUGUAUCAGCACCAACAUGUUUGAUAGCAGAGAAAAACUUGAUUGCCUGGAGAUUAACGCCCGGUAUACCAUUGCUUGCCACUAUAUACUCAGGGUCCUUUGUUUUAUCCUUUGGCAUCCUUGUUCACAUAUGGGGCAUGCACAUGAAGGGUCCUGUGUAUGUAGCAAGCUUCAAGCCAUUAUCAAUUGUUAUUGCUGCUGCUUCGAGUUUCAUAUUCCUUGGUGAUGCUCUCUAUCUCGGCAGUGUUGUUGGAGCUAUAGUACUCUCCAUAGGAUUUUAUGCUGUUAUAUGGGGAAAGGCAAAAGAAGAAAAAAUGAAUGAAGACUGUGUCUUACCAAUAGCCACCUCAAGAGGGUUGAGCUACUCUGUCUUCAUUGUCUACUCUUAUGCAAUUGGCACCAUUCUUCUGUUUCCUCUGACGUUCAUCUUUCGCAGAACAGAACUUCCUCCCUUCAAGCUCACUCUCCUCUUUAAACUGUUAUCCUUGGACUGAUUGGGGUUUUGGGUAGUUUAUGUGUAUAUAAAGGUAUAGAAUACAGUUCACCUACUCUUGCUUCAGCUAUGGGCAACCUCUCUCCGGCAUUUAUCUUCAUACUUGCUGUAGUCUUCAGGUUUUCACUUUCUUUAGAUUAAUUUCAUCUUGUUGAACAAUUAGUACAGAAGAGGUACUUUAACAUGAUUUGAGUGUGCCUUUGUUUUCGGUGGACUCCUCCAAUUUAAUAGGAUGGAAAGGGUGACUUUGAGAAGCAGUAGCUCUCAAGCCAAAGUCAUGGGUACUUUAGCCUCAUAUCAGGUGCAAUGAUAGUGGUCCUCUAUAAGGGUCCAACAAUUUUAUCUAUUACAACAGAAAAGGAUUGGAUAGACGGUGGCCUAUUACUUACUGUUGGGUACCUUCUAUUCUCAGCCUGGUGUAUCC